ACCACAAGAAUACAUCUAAGCGUUAUACAGCUUUUGAUUGCAAUUAUGGUUUAUCUCAACCAUGAUGAAGUUGAGGGCUUAUCAAAGAAGGACCAUGAAGCAUUGGAGAGGCAACUAAAACUUUUAAAUAAGCCAGCAGUAAAAACUAUUAAGACCGAAUAUGGAGAUAUUUAUGACUGUGUAGAUUUCUAUCAACAACCUGCAUUUGAUUAUCCUUUACUGAAGAAUCAUACUUAUCAUCCUCAGAUGAAACCAUCUCUCUCCCUAUUAAAGCGUAACAAAAAAUCGUCAACAUCCAAUAGCUCCUCAAAAAUCGGGCUUAAAGAUGGAGGUUGUCCAAUGGGAACAGUUCCUAUUAGAAGAACUACGAAAGAAGAUCUCAUUAGAGAAAGGAGAUUUAAUGCUAGUUAUGCUGGUGGCGUCUUUCACUUUGCUCUAGAACAAACAAUAAAUGACCCAAAUCUCAAGAUUUCGGGAGCUGGAACGACAAGUAGUAUUUAUAAUCCAAAGGUUCUUCCGAACCAGUGGAGUUCAUCGAUCGUGAAGGUACAAAAUGGUCGUGACCAAAUACAAGCUGGGUGGCGUGUGGAUCCAAUCCUUUAUGGCGAUACUCGUACUCGAUUUUUCUCAUUAUUUAAAGCAGGCACAACUCAGUGCUUCAACACACGUUGCCCUGGAUUCGUAAUUGUAAAUACGCAAAUACCUUUGGACAUGGUAUUUCCAAAUCCCCCACCUGGACGCAAAUUCCAAGAGACAUUCUUCAUUCAAAGGGAUUUGAAAAAUGGAAGAUGGUGGCUCCGUUCAUGAUUUCACACAAAUUGGUUUUUGGCCUCCAGAGCUUUUUACGGGAUUAAAGGGUUUUGCAUCACAGGCUUCAUGGGGUGGAGAGGCAUUUAGUUCAGUCCCUACUUUCCCUCCAAUGGGUUCUGGUCGUUUUCCUAAAUUUGUAGAUACCGAGAAAGAUGCAUUUUGUAGCAAAAUUUCAAUUCUUGAUUCUGUUGGCAACACUCGGGAUCCCGCGGUAUCAAGUUUUGAAGAUGCCCACUCCCUAUACCGGGUUGCUAAUAAACCAAUUACCAAUAAGGAAUUUGGGCAUGCGGUCUUUUUUGGGGGUCCUGGUUCUAACAAAUAAAUGACAUGUAUGUUUAGCCUAGUAUUAGGAAAUGAUUUUCACUUAAGCUACUCUUAUUUGC